AGUCAGAACUUGGCUUGCAACAAUGGCUGUAAAGAACGGUUAUAUUUGCUCAACGAUGUGAUGAUCGGACCGAAUAAAAAAGUAAACAGUAAAUGAUUCUAAUAAAACAGCGAAUCCUUUUCUUCGCGAUAGAAAAUGAGAUGUCCACCGAAUCAACUGAGCAUUUUGGUGCUCCUCAUAAUUUGGAGGUUAAUUUCCGUUUACGUUGUACAAACGUUUCACGUUCCGGAUGAAUAUUGGCAGUCUUUGGAAGUCGCACACCGUUUAGCAUUCGGCUACGGCUACUUGACGUGGGAAUGGCAAGCGAAGAUUCGAAGUUACAUCUAUCCCUUUCUCAUCUCAAUAUUGUAUCGUAUAUUGGCGGUACUGGGUUUGGAUAGUGUAAUGUUACUAACGAAUGUGCCAAGGAUAUUUCAAGCUUUGAUUAGCGGCUAUGCGGACUACAGGUUUUAUAUUUGGACACGAAGCAAAUGGGCUUUGUUAAGCAUCUCUACAAACUGGUUUUGGUAUUAUUGUGCUACAAGAACCUUAGCUAACAGUCUUGAAACAGCUUUGACGACAAUAGCGCUUUCAAUUUUUCCGUGGCCUGGUGGAAAUUCUCGUGGUUAUGGAUUUUUGUGGAUCGUUGGAUUUCUCACUACAACCAGACCGACGGCAGCUGUACUCUGGACUCCGCUCUGCAUUUACCACAUUUAUGCAAAUUCCAAGAGACCUCUCGAAAUGAUAAAAAAAUAUGUCCUAAUCGGAUCAGCUACUUUUUUUUACUCAGUCCUUAUUGACUCUCUUUGUUAUGGCACUUUUGUUAUAACACCCUGGGAAUUCUUCAAAGUAAACAUCCUGAAUAGUAUUGCUGAAUUCUAUGGCACACACAAUUUCCUGUGGUAUUUUAUUGUCGGUUUGCCAGUUGUACUCGGCUUACAGGCAUUCAUUUUUCCUCUCGCUGCUCUUGGAGCUUUCAGAGAUUCUUUUUCUCGGCAUCAAGAUUUAUUGAUGAUUGCUGUUACAUGCUGGACUCUUAUUGUUUACUCUGCUCUUCCUCACAAAGAGUUUAGAUUCAUAUUGUCUCUCUUACCUAUUCUCAUUCGUAUCAGUACCAACAGAAAUAAUAUUCCACUAUCGUUCAGGAUCACGGAAUUCAGACGAAAAAUAUUUUUGGGUGUAUUUAUUAUCAGCAACCUUUUACCUGGAUUAUAUAUUUGUCUCAUUCAUCAAAGAGGCUCCCUCGAUGUCAUGAGAUUGUUGCAGUCGGAAUUAAAAAUUCAUAACGCUACAAGUAAAGAUCUAAUGUUUUUGACACCCUGUCAUUCAACUCCCUUGUACAGUCAUCUUCAUAUUAAUGUGCCCAUAAAGUUUCUCACUUGCGAACCUAAUUUGAACAAUUUGCCAAAUUAUCUUGACGAAGCUUAUGAGUUCUUCCAGGACCCAAUGCUAUGGCUAAAUACAAAGAUAGAGAAAAACAAUAAUUUUCGUGCUGACAUUCUCGUUGUUUUUGAUAAUCUUUCUCCAAAAAUAAUACCUUUUCUUAAAAAUUACCGAUUAUUGGCCAAAGUCUUUCAUGCCCAUUUCCCCCAAUCCAAUUACGGUGAAUACAUAGAAGUUUAUAAACAUAAAUGAUCAGAUCCGAUAGAUAAAUUUAUAUUCCAUCGCAUCAUCAAAAUCGUCUUAGAAUUCAAAUAUCGAUCGAAAAAUGUAGAUACGUUUGUAAAAUUAAGAUAUUUUAUGAAAUACAUCUAUUUUUUCAUUAAAA